GGAACGCAACCACCUCUUUCUUUGUACAAGGAAGGUUAAUUAUUUAACUUGUUGCUCGGUACCAUUUCUACCCGAAGGCAACCGUGUGUCAAGACGCGUGGUCAAGGUAUGCCAAGCAGCUGUUGUCCUCUGUCAUGGGUGAUAUUAGACAGCGCAAUGGCUCUAUGAGUAAUAAUGACACAGAUUUAUCUGUUGUCCCUUAUACAGCGGACGACUUCAGGGUGCUUUGUCAUAAAGUUGACGAUGGGGACGUUGGGGAGGAAAUUGAGUUGCAAACUCGAGCAGAAGUGGCAGUGGAUACGGAUGCUGAAGCAGGAGACUGCCGGCGGGUCAACGGCCCGGCGUUUUACCGGGUUUGUCUGCCGGUUUGCUGUAAGAGAAACGAACCUGACCGCGAUGAGGAUGAUGAUGGUGAGGAGGACACGGGGGCAAACACAGUUCAAAAAGAAAAGAAACCAGCAUGUCCAGGGCUGGGCCUCCUGUAUGCCUUGUUAGCAUCCGUCUUCUUCUCUGCUGCAGCUCUUCUUGUGAAGAGAAUUGAGGGGUUGCACGCCAUCGAAAUCAGUGCAAUUCGGUGCUUCUUCCAGAUGCUGUUUGUCAUGCCAGCUAUGAUAUAUUACAAUACUGGCUUUUUGGGACCAAGAGGUAUGCGAAUCUACCUGUUCUUCAGAGGGUUCCUGGGCUCCAACGCAAUGAUCUUGUUGUAUUAUGCAGUUCUAAAGAUGCCCCUAGCGGAUGCCACAGUUAUAAUGUUCAGUAAUCCAGUCUUCACAUCCUUGCUGGCUUGGAUUUUCCUCAAGGAGAGGUGCACUAUAUGGGACAUCGUUUUUACCGUGUUUACGCUCACUGGCGUCAUACUGAUAGCCAGACCUCCCUUCAUCUUUGGUGGAGAGCUGUCUGGGAUCGAAGGAGACUACACCAAUCACAUCAAAGGCACGGUGGCUGCCUUCGCAGGGGCGAUCGGAGCGGCUUGCACUAUGGUCAUUCUGAGAAAAAUAGGGAAAAGUGUUCAUUACUACCUCUCUGUGUGGUACUAUGCAGUCGUGGGACUCAUCGAGUGUGUCAUUCUUUUGUUCAUCUUGGACGAAUGGACCAUUCCGUACUGCGGCUGGGACAGGUGGAUGCUCAUGGCCAUCGGGCUGCUCGGUAUUGCCGGUCAGACGUUCCUCACCAAAGCCCUGCAGAUUGAGAAAGCUGGACCUGUUGCACUGAUGAGGACGAUGGAUGUGGUCCUGGCAUUCAUUCUGCAGUUCCUUUUCCUCAACCGCAAACCGACAUGGUGGAGUCUGGGAGGAGCGCUGUGUGUGAUUAGCAGCACUAGUGGGGUGGCCGUAAGGAAAUGGUAUAACAGCACAAAAAAUAAGAGCUGAUUGCAUAUUAUAGUGAUUUUAUAUGUUUGCUACAAAUAAUUGCUGCAUUAGAUACCAAAGAAGCUGUAUUACUGUAAUAAUAUAUAUCGAAAGUCUUAGGUCUUUCAUUUUAGGACCUUACUGUAUGCAGUAUGUACAGUAUAUGACAGUAUUUUUAGCGGUUUUGUAGUUUCUUAAAGUCAAUAUUCUUUAGUGAAGACGACAGAUAUUUUUUAAUCAAGAUACCACUGUUGAGACAGUACUAUUUUAUCAUAUAGAGAGUAUAGCAGAUAACAUAAUAAUAGACUGCUGGUCAGGACCUGAGCUUGAUGUCAAUUCCAUCAUUUACUCACACUCAUGCCGUUGCAAAGCAAUAACGGCAUUUUUCCAUAUAACAUAAAAGGAGUUUUUUUGAUUCGCAAAGUCACUCUUUUCCAUACAUUCCAUACGCAUUCAUGAUGUAUAAUCUUUUGAAAUCCAUGCUAAAUGACUGCAGUGAAACACCAUAAAAUGAGUACAUAUGGCGUUAAUACUAUAUUUGAAGUCACAUGGUAGAUUUGUAAGAGGACAACACUGAAAUUGAAGUAGUUAUUUCCUGAAAAUCUUCUUCUUUAGCUCCACUUGACAUGAAUGUGAAUGAUGCCGAAUGUCAUUUAUUGUUGCAUCCUAUUCGCUUUCAUUGUAUGGAAAAGAGCAGGGUGAACAUUCUGCCAAAUAUCUAUAUUUUUUGGAACAACACAAGGAUAAGUAAAUGAUGACAGGAUUUUAUUUCGGGGGGCAAACUAUCCCUUUAAAACCCUUUGCACUUUGUUGUUGACAAUGUACAAUGUACUUCUAAAAGUAAAACACAGGGUCAGCAGUGUGUCUCAAUAUUUUCGCGUGCUCAUAUCAAGGUUUGUUCCGUUAAGUUCUGAAUUAUGUGUGCUUAAAUAUGCAAUUGGUAAUAUGUUCUGAACCUCGAUGAACCACUUGAACUCUGUCCGUAUGAACCUUAGACAUACGCACAGGUUUGCUUUACAAAUAUUUGCCUGAUAUAGAAUGAGUCACACUUAUUUAUUUAUCGGACAUGUGUCUUGGCACAAAGAUGAGUUAUUGUGAGUUGUUACCAUCAGUAAUGGCUGUUCUUCUGCAGUUCAGUCACUCUGAAAUGGGUCGUUUCAGUUUGUUUUCCCUUUACAUUUAUUUAAACCUGUUUGUGUAAACUGACCUAAACGCACUUUACACUGACUUGUUGUGUCAGUUUAUCUUUAUUAAAAGCACUAUUAACGGUUUACUGAUACGUCACCAGCAAUUUAUGGACAUGCUGCCUUAAGUUUUUUUUUUUAAUCCCUCCAUAUUAUUUAUUGAAUAAGGCUGUCGAUUUGAAUAAUGCCUGCUGUAGAUUUCACCUUGCAUAUUUAUAUGACUUUUGAGCUUUAGUAGUUGAAAUAAACGAAAGAUUCUUA